UAACGGUACCACGUUGACUCGUCCGGUUCCAUAACAAAACAGGAAGAGCGUGAACUUCUCUGUUAAAUAACAAGCCCCGUCCUGUUGUAUGUCAUUUAAAUAUAUCACGAAGACUUUAUUAGUAAUCCUGUAUAUGGCAUAAAAUUGUUAAAUAACCGAUUUCAUUUUAUUUUUACUCCGACACCAUGGCUCCGUUGUCAUGGCUGGAGCAACUGAGUGGCUUUCUACUGUCGCAAGUAAACAUUGUAGUUUUAAUAGUACCUUUGAUGGUGUAUAUUUUAGUUAAUUUUUAUCAGAAACGUCGGGACUUUGCAAAUAUUCCUCCAGGUCCGAAGCCGCUGCCGGUAGUCGGCAACUUUGGCGGUUUUCUCAUUCCGUCUUUCAUCCUGAGGAGGUUUGGACGGGAAUCAGACAAAAACAACAAAUCCCCUAUGAUUAUUUUAACGGAACAAGCCAGCGUUUAUGGUAAUAUAUACAGCCUUUUUGUGGGGAGUCAGCUGAUCGUUGUGCUUAAUGGCUAUGAAGUGGUGAAGGAUGCUCUCUCAAACCAUCCCGAGGUGUUCUCCGACAGACCAGAUCUUCCUGCAGUCGUUAUUAUGACUAAACGCAAAGGAAUAGUCUUCGCACCUUAUGGGCCAGUUUGGAGAAAGCAUCGCAAGUUCUGCCACACCACACUCCGAAACUUUGGCCUGGGGAAGUUGAGCUUGGAACCAUGCAUCCUUCAAGGCCUGGCUACCAUCAAAACAGAACUCCUGCGACUGAAUGAGGAGUCUGGUGGUACCGGUGUGGACCCUGCCCCACUGAUCAGCAACGCAGUGUCAAACGUCAUCUGCUCGCUGGCCCUGGGUCAACGUUUCCACCACGAAGACCACGAGUUCCGCACCUUGCUGGAACUAAUGGUGCGUGGGCUGCAGAUCUGUGUGAACAGCUCUGCAGUCCUCAUCAAUAUCUUUCCAUUGCUGUACUACUUGCCAUUUGGGGCCUUCAAGGAGUUACGACAAGUGGAAAGAGACAUUACGUUGUUUCUAAAAAGGAUUAUUGCAAAGCACUGGGAAAAACUUGACCGUGACAACCCACGGGAUUUUGUAGACAUGUACUUGAUAGAGAUGUUGGCCCAGAAAGCUGCUGGAGUGGAGGACAGCAGCUUCACAGAAGACUAUCUUUUUUAUAUAAUAGGAGAACUGUUCAUCGCAGGCACUGACACCACCACCAGCACAGUUUUGUGGGUCCUGCUCUACAUGGCUUUACAUCCUGAUGUCCAAGAUAAGGUCCAAGCAGAGAUUGAUGAAGUGGUGGGCAGAAAUCAGGUUUUGUCUCUGACUCAUAAAGGAAGUAUGCCCUUUACUGAGGCUACUAUCAUGGAGGUCCAGAGACUGACUGUGGUGGUUCCUCUGAGUAUUCCACACAUGACCUCCAAGACAACAGAAGCACCGCUCAGCAGAGAGCAUCCCAGUCCAGCUGUUAACUCCCAGCGGAGGACAUGGCCUCGGUUAGCUCACUGCUCCCCGGCCACAGCGAGUCGCUCCACAGCCACAGCUCACUGAGCCUACCAGUGUUUAGUAACUGGUUAGCGUGCUAGUCUGUUAGUCUCAUUAGCUGGACACUGCUAACACCAUGCUAGCUGGCUAACGCUGACUAGAAGGCCGGAGUGGUGACCACGGGCUGCUCAUCAAACUUUGGCCUUCAAUUUAAAAGUUAAACGUGGGUUUUUAAAUAUUUAUCCACCGUUGCUGAUUAACUAUCCGCUAACUAAGUGAAGCUAACUAGCCUGUAUUUAUUUGAAUUCACGACGCAACCUGCUCUCAAGGUACCAAAAUUUGGCGCCGAUCUAACAUGAAUUGGUUCUCAGUAGCACCAAUGUUGGUACCCUUAAAAGUACCCAGUUCAGUACCCAGCCCUCGCUAUUAUCAUGUUUUUUUUCC